GUCACCGGGAGCGACUUCGCUGGGCCUCAAGUUGGGAAGGUGGUGCUCGAAGAAGCCCUUUUGGCGGCGGGUGAGGAGUUGCGGGCGCGGUACGUCAACGGUCUCUUGCACAGAAUAUUCAGUGUAUCCAGAGAUGAAAAGAAAAGUGGCCAAAGCAGGGGCACUUAGGCUUAGUCCUAAUGAAGAAGCUCAGCUCUUGAAAGAAGAGCAUGAAAGAAGACGGCGGCUGCGGCUUCAGCAAGUUAGAGAGCAAGAGAGGAAUAUUGCUUUACAGAUAAGACAAGAUGUUAAGCAACGAAGAGAUGAACAGCUGCAUCUGUUGGCAGAAGAACUGAAGGCAAACUGGCAGAAAGCACAAGAUGAGAAGAUUAAAGCCUUGGAAAAGCUUUAUCUGUCAGGCUUAAGAGCUGUAGGAGAAGGGCACCAGCAGGCAAAAGAAAAUGAACCUGAUUUGGAAGCUCUGUCGAGGCAAGCAGAGGAGAGAAAACAGAGAGCAGAAAAAAGGCAUAAAGAGGCACUUAAAAAACAGAAAACCCAAAGAGAGAAGCUGCUAAGGGAGCAAAUAUGGCGCGCAAAUGCACGGAGGCAUGCGUUCCAAGUAGAAAAGGAAAGGGCUGCUAAAAUUGCAAGCCUGCCUCCUCCUCCCCUCCAUCCUUCUGAAAAUGUUGACUUGAAGAGUGUCACUACUGUGAAAGUCUGUGCUGCUGAGACAUUUUCACUUACUCACCACCAUCUCUUUGACCCACAUGUGGAUAGAGAAAUGGACACAGAACAGCCAGAUGCUCGGUUACUCGCUGAAGAGAAAGCCAAACAGGCGGAAGGACUACAAGGUGACAGAGAAAGAGAAAGGAGAGAGCAGCUGGAAAAGGCUCGUCUGAGAGGGAAGCACGCCUUGAAGGUCGUUCGUCUGGCACAAGACAGGGAAAAGUUAAUGAAGGAGCUGGAACAGAUGCAGAAUAUAGACCUUGCACGCAGGAGACAGAUUGUUGCGCAGAUGCCCCCACAGUUGUUCGAACCAACCUACAGGCGUGUGGAAAUCAAGGAAGAAUGGCAAAGGGAGCUGGAGUGUGCCUUUGAAGACAUGUACACUGGAGAUCGGAGAAUGAAAGGCGACCUUAUCUUGCACCUUGAUCCCCAGCCAUUGCCCACCCUCUUAAAGCAGUCUCAAGAUGAUGACCUAGAACUCUCUCAAGAGCCAGAUUCUGUCUCUGAGGUGGCACGAGGUCAGGAGGAUGAGGUGAAGAAUAUUGAACCAGGUGUAGGUCGUGAAGUAGAAAAAGCACCUGAACCUCAGUCAAGAUUAGCUCUUAAAAAACUGCUAAACAAGAUCAGAAACCAGAAAGACCAAUGGACCGCAAGAGAUGAGCCAGAGGACCAAAGUGACAUGGGGACAAUUGAGUCAGGAACCCUUUCUAGUGGGGAGAGAAGACUGUGUGACUCAGAACCUGAGCAGGAACCAAAGGAUGCUCCUGUAUGUGAAGGCAAAGAGCUUUCGGAAAGAUUGGACCAAACCGUUGUUGCUGGAAAUAUGGUUCUAAAUCAUCCCCAAGAACAAGUAGUUAAAAUUGGAAAAGAAGCAGAAAGACAAAAACAGAUGGAGUGGUUAGAGCACCAGAAGCAACAGCAACUAACAUUACUGCAACAUAUUGAAGAGCAGAAAAUACGUCUGGAAGUUGAUGUUUUGAAGGCUGAAAUGCAGCAGCAGGAAGUUAAAAAAGAACAAGAGAAGAAAGGCCAAGAAUCCCAGACAGUACAGAUGGAUGGUAUUAUCCCUGUGGGUCUGAAGCAGCAGGAAGCAGAGCAUAAAUCUGAAGGUACCAGAGGAUUCCAGGCAGACAGCAGCUAUAAAGAAAAUGACCAUAUGCAGAUGAUUCGUGACUAUCAGCAGCGUCUUCUAGAGCAAAACAGGAUGCACAGAGAGUCAGUUGAAGAAGCCAGGAAACGUUUGCAUGAAUAUCAGGCGAAGCUAAAACAGAGAUACAAAUAUGUUUCUGCAGCACUGCUGGGCCCUGGUGACGGACUUGCAAAACUAAAUUCUAUUCCUGAAUUACAGUCACGAUUACAAGGAUUUGAUAUAUUGCAGAAAGUUAAUCUUACAGCAGCUCCUCCAUCAAGGCACGCUCCUGCACAAGAGCCAGCUGAGUCUUCAAAAGUGUCAUUGGGGCAGAAAGCAAAAGAGCAGAGCCUCGAUGUUGGCCAUGUGGGGCAGGUCCAGCCUGAGUAUACCCAGGUGCAUCAAAGAACGUUUCCGUUGACACAUUCUUCUAAACAGAAAGAGAACCUGGGUGCAGUAGAGACAUCCACAACGCAGCCGAUGGACUGUCAUGGAAUGGUGGGAUCAUCAGUAGUCAGAUUACAGGAUACGUCUGUUAUAACUCAACCAGUAGCUUUUGCACAAGGUUCCCAGUUCACUUUGUCUGCAGACAAUUCUUCUGGCUUUUCAGAAAAACUUUGGUCCGAUAAAUUGGCACCUCAUGCUCCUUUGGCAGAAAAGACUCACCUGCCAACGUCCUCAGUGACCCAACACAUUCCUGCUGAGAGUAAGAGAAGCACCGCCCUUGAUCAAACACACCUUCUAUUGCAGCCUGUCUCUUCGAUGCUUUCUUCCAAAGCGAGCAAUGUAGAGAAAACCCAGGAGCCUUUGGCAGCGAGAGACGAAAUUGGAUGCUCGUCCACUUAUUCUGAUGUUAUGGAAUUAAGGGACAGAAUGUUAGCUUCCUCCGAGAGCAUCCAAGCUCAACAAGAGCACUUGAAGGAACUGCAGGAGCAACUCGACGAGCAACGGGAAGCUCUUCUUUCUCGGCAAAGGAUCCAGGAGGACCUGCUCAUGCAGAAGCAUUCUCAGCUGAAGCAACAGAUGGAGCAACAGCAAGAGGCCUUAAAAGAGUUUCUGAAACGGGCAAGACAGUCAAAUAUGUGUAAAGAGAUGACCCAAGAAGCACAAGAGACUAAUAGCUUCAGCCUAUUGGCAUCACUUUGUAAAGAAGCAGAAGAUGACCAUCAAGAAGAAACUCGCUGUGGUAAUAUGAACAGACAUGCCGAGAAAAACUUCUUGUUCCAAACUGUCGGUUCAGAAGAACAGAUUGAACCGUUUUAUAGCAUCUGGGGAAGAGAACAGAAAUGGAAGCUUUCAAAACCCCCGUUGGCAAAAGUAAAGCUAGGGCUUGAUUUGGAACAGCACGAACUUAGUGUUAUACCAGAGCUUGACACGCCAAGAAGUGGCAACCUUUCCACUACAGGUUGUGGAGAAUUUCUGACUGAAGACAUUUUCCUCACUUCUAAUGUUGAUGCAGAGCCGUCGAGUCCAUAUGACUCUCUCUGUGAAGAAGCAGAUAUGUUAAGAAUUACAGCCGAGAGGCAGAGUUCUAGUGGAAGUCUGGAACAGUUACAUGAAUCAUGGCAAGAGAGAUCAGCGACAGAAGCUGUUGGUUUGUCAGACUCAGCCAAGUCUAGGGAAGUUCCUCUUACGGAUCCCGGUUUACCAAGUCAUGCCAUCGAUGCUGGAAGGAGAAGAGCGACACAUCCUGACCCUUCAUUUAGUCCAAAUAAUAUGGUAGUGCUUGCUCCAGCCUGGUCCCCUGAUUCAUUAAGUCCACAGACCCGUACGCAGCAGGUAGCCUGCGGCUAUCUCUCUUCAGCCACUCUUUCCACUGCCAGCUUUAUAACCAGUUACAAUCCAAACAGAAGUCUAGUCAGCACAGAACCGUCUUCAGCUAAUGAACAGUCCAGACAUUUCAGCUCCCCGGCGGAAGAGAAGACAAAUGAUGCCUGGGAUCUGCCAGUUUCUCUACCAAAUGAUCAGGAAGCUCCUUCCCAAUUUCCUCAUUCCUCUCCGUCUUUUGGAGAAAUGCUGCACUCAAAUGACAGCAACAUUCAGAAAAUCAUAGACAAGGACUCAAGAGAGUUCAGCUGGUCAUCUCUGAGCAACAUAUCCCACGAUCCAGUAGUAGGACCAUAUUUUCCUGAUAUGGAAAGAAAUUUUCCGAAUUUUCAUCGUGAGCUUUUUCAGCCUCUGGAACCAGUCCCUGACCUCAACAUCUUCUCAAGCCAUUCCCAGUGUAGGAUAUCACUCGACAGCAAGAAAUCAGACUUCUCUAAGAGUCGUAAUGAGUUAACAGCUUCCAGCCUUGAAGAAAGAAACAGCAGCAGAGAAGAACUAAGCAAUAUUCUGCCAGUGGAACAUACUUGUGAGAAAAAAGACAAAACGCAAGGUGCUGAAGAAUUCUUUGGACACCCCCCUGUGGAAUCUCCACUGAGUGAACUUAGACAAGAUAAAACUAGCACUUUUAGCAUUGUGCCUAAACAGAGCCUUGAAAUGGGAAAAUCUGUUCAGGAUUUGUCAGUUUCAGUGGCGAGUGCACACAACAAGGAGCAAGAAGGCGAUGAGAAUGUCAGUCUCUCUUCUUCCAUUGAAAACUUCCGUAGCCUGAGUCCAGGAGAAGAUGAGCACUCAUUUUAUCGGUUGGUUCCAGAUGAUAGCUCUGUGAAGGAUGCUCUUAAGAUGACAGAGUCACUGAAAGAAGAUGUUUCUUCUAGAGAAGAGAACCUGUGCUUUGUCGAACUACCCUCUGCAUCAAGUGAGGGGAAGCAAGAAAUUGUAAUGGGAAGUGAGGAUGUAGACAUUGGUCUUUUCCAGUGUCCUUUACCUAGUGUGGGAGAACAGAGUUCUCUAAGUACAGACAGGAUGCUGAGCUUGCCUCAAGAAGCGGAUUUGAAAAUUUCCACCAGUCUAGUAGAAAAUUCUGAACUGCAAAGCAGCUGUGAGCUAAAUACUGUUCAACAACCAGAUCAGAAUACUCUGCUACUUAAAAUCCCAGAUCCCCAUUCAUCACAAACUUUACCAGUCUGGGAAAAACUUUCAGGGAGAGGUAUUAUGGAGGAACCUGAGUUGACUCUAAUAAGCUCCAGUGACAUCAGCAUUGCAGAAUCAGAUCUGGAACUUCAUAGCCAAACAGGUGGUGAAAAGGAGAAAAAUAAAAGCCCGGCCUGUGGUCACCAUUCUGAGAGCAAAGGAUUUUUACUAUUAAAUCCAGAAGUAGACAAUUCCAUUUCCACUCAGCCUGAUAAUCCACCUGCAGCUCACAUCUCAGAAGAGGACUGGAGUCAGAAACCCAAACCAGAGGUAGUGUUGCCAGUGCUCCCGUUUGCAAGCUUGCAAGAGUCAUUUUUGAAGCGGAAGAAAGAUUUCAUUGAAAGAUCCACUAAAAGACUAGAAAACCUCAAAAGUAGAUCGCAGAGUUCUCGAAAGCCUCAAGCUAAGGUGUCUCAACAGAAAAACACACAACUUCGGAACCCUAAAGAGAACUCGCCACCUAAGGGUGCAGCUGCUGGUCAUUUGAAAAAAGUAGAAGUGAAAGUGUGCUCUGCCGCAGACAGGAAGAUGGUGGAAUUACAAAUGCUCCAGCGUACUUCAAGAUUAUACAAUAAUCUAGCAGAAGUGAAAACCAGAAGGGAAGAGAAGGAGCGGCAAGACAAUUAUGCCAAAAACCGCGAGAAAGCAAAGGAGUUUCAAAAGAAAACAUUGGAAAAACUACGAGCUAGAAAAGCCAAUGUGAAAAGCUAGGCUAAUGAGCAAAAGGAAGAGAUGGCAAUGAAGAAGGAAGAUAUUUGAAAUUAAAAACAAACUACAGACCACCCUCGUGAAUAUAUUAAAUAAUGUAUUUAAGGCUUGAUAUAAUUUAUAUUCAGCUUGGGUAAUUUGUUGAAAUGUCCAAAACUGUAAAGACUAACUUGUGUUUUCUAAUAAUGGCUUUUUAGCCCAAAGUAUAUUUUAACAUAUACACUUGAUUUUUGUAUCACUGUUAUUUAUAAUAAAA